CGUGAUGGAUGGGGCUAUUAGUUAUAAUAAUUAUAGGCGGGGCUAUAAUAAAAUGGCCUCCAAGAACAAGAAAAAAGAAAAAUCCAAAACAAAGGACGACUACACCUUUUGCUCUGUUUGUAGAAAGAACCAUAAUGACAGAAGGGAAGGACACAUAUUUUCCAAGAAGCAUCAAACCGAAUUGAAGCUCAUUCUUGACAAGUUUAAUAAAAAAGUACAUAGUGCUAGGUGUCUAUUGCAAAAGCCUAAUAUUGUUGAUGGGGAUCUUGAGCCUGGCAUUACAGUGUGGUGUUACUCCUGCCAAGAAGAGAUUAAUAAGCACAUAUCUGAUGGUUUUACAACUGUAGAAUGGGGCGGAUUGCUAGAACACAUGACUAGUGAGAGUCAUCAUAAGAAAACCAGAUAUUACUGCUGGGAAAAUGGUAUCAAAAAGUCACAGAUGCAAAACUUAAUUAUCUACCAGGCAGAGCUGGAUAAAUUUAAGGAACUUGUUGCUGAAAAAUUAGACAAACUUAAUGCUAACAGGAACAAGAGACUCAAAGAGUCUGCUAAGGAAAUAGAAGAGGUAGAAGAAGCACAGCAAAAAGUUGUAGCAGAAACAAGAGUUCAAAAGCACUUUGCAUCAUCUGCUUGUGCUUCUGUGUCGGAUAAAAUUCAAGUAACAGCUUCAAAAAGAGGCAAUAUUCACACUGGAGCUACACCACCUUGGUUACUAAAUGAUGAUGAAGAUGAAGAAGAAGAGAAAGAUAAUCAUCAUGGCGGUAUUUGUUAUAAGCAUCCAAUCGGUCCAUCAGAAGAUGAUUUCUUACAUUGGAGAGAUCAACAUGGUAAAGGGAAAAGAAAUCCUAAACGCAUUGGUGCCAACUUUCAUAGCAAUCUCAGAAAAUCAGGUCAACUUGAUGCAGAUAAUCCCAAAUGUAUAGGCUUCCAUCUUAUGGCGGAGUGUGGAAUGCGGGACCUCGUUCUCAUACAAAAAUGGAAUUUGAAAGCAAGCUUUAUCAAUCAUCUCAACAGACUAAAGAACAGACUAUUCCUCUUGUUGUACAACCCUAUGUCAGUAAACGUAAACGUCCUUAUCCAGAAUCAUAGAAUAAUUAUUAUGUGCAUAUUAUGAUAAUCUUUAUUUUUAUGUAAUUAUCAAGUAUCAUAGUUAAAAUAAAAUUAUGUACUAUUAUAGAGUUAGACUACAGCAAUACAGCUUCUAUGGUAUUAGCAUUAGAGACAAAUCAUUAUAGUUAAUGGUUUGUUUUAUCCUUCUUUAUUA